AUGAAGCCACAAUCCACUCCCAUGCAGCCUGUCGGUCAUCGAUUGAUAGGUUGUCCACCGGAUCGACAUGAAGAUUGUGUCCGACGUAUUACCGAGCGAAGCCGUGGAGUCGUCUCCUUCCUACCCUGUCGGCAAUAUGUAUGCAACCUGUCUAACUGGGAUAUCGCUGAUGGACGGUUCUGGAUCGCAUGGUACCGGGACUAUGGAAACGGUCGCGCGGGUGGUUUGGAUCUAAAUCAAUGGGGUUCAUCAUGGCAUUACCGCAACCAUUUGCCUCGUUGG